CUUGAAUUCGAAUCCUAGUGAUGGUUGAAAUAUCUAAAGAGGAAAUUUAUAAAAUGUUUGAGAAAAUAACACAACAAAAUGAUAAUCUGAGUAAACAAGUAGAUAAUUUGAAGGAUGAGUUGCGUACAUACAAGAAAACUAUUCAGAAUAAAAUUGAUACGUUGGAGAAACAAAACGAAGAUCUGAAAGAAGAGAAUGUUAAAUUGAAGGAUCGCUUAAUAAAUUGUGAGAGGAAAAUCAAAAAAUACAAUCUGGUCAUCUAUAAUCUUGAAGGUGAAAAUAUUCAACAGACAGUUGUGGACUUACUGCACCAAAAGCUGAAGAUUAAUUGUGAAGCGAAUGACCUCAGAGAUUCUUACCGAUUGAAUUCUGGAGGCAAACAUAACAAACUUCACCCCAUUCUAAUUGAAUGUAUGAAUAGUCGUCUCAGGGCACAAAUUCUUAGUGAAGCGAAGAAGUUGAAAGGAACAGGAAUCUUCAUUUCUCCUGAUUACACAGUUGAAGACUACCAGAAGAAAAAGUUAUUAUAUCAAUUUCAAAAACUCGCCAGAGGACGAGAUCAAAGUGCAACAAUUAGAGGAAAUAAUCUCGUCAUCGAUGGAGUACAGUACAGCCUUGAUGAACUACAACAAAUGAAAAGUGUCUCUUCAGAUGUUGAUCAGAGUGAAUUACACCGUAGUGAUAGUACUUCAUCAGCUAGCAGUGCUUCUCAGAAGAGAUCUCGUGAAUUGAACGACCAAGCAAUCAAACCUCCAAAGAAAACACUUAGAUCGCAAACAAUCAAAUAGAACUUUACAUUUAGUAUUAUACAAUUCUUUUCUCACUCUUUUUUGUUUAUAUUGUUUAUUU